GGUAUAAUAUCGACAUUACAUUAGGUUAAGUAAGGUUACUUUAACGCUUAAGCGUUCUAAAAACAGCGAUUUUCGGAGACGAGCAGAAAGAUCCGUAAGAAACGCAUAAAUAUUGGCUUAAUUAUCUUGAUUACCUCGUGAUAUGGACACCAGCAGUAAAGCGGAAUCUGCGCCUAAGCAAGCUAUGGUUUACAUCUGCGGAGAAUGUCACCACGACAACGAGAUCCGUCCUAGAGAUCCGAUACGUUGCCGAGAAUGUGGGUACAGGAUAAUGUACAAGAAACGCACCAAGCGACUCGUCGUCUUCGAUGCUCGAUAGAUGUGUUGUGACAAGCCACAAAACCCUGUACAAAUUCUUAACAAUAAUGGAAUUCUAUGAAGAUGAUCAUCACGCCUCAAUUUAUUACAUGUAAUUACACUGCGAUGAAUUAAUAUUUGACCAUUUUUUCUUGUAUGUGAAAUAAAUGACAUAUAUGUCAAAGAAA